AUGGUUCUUCUAAGAUGGUUGAACACUGAUAGCAUGAAUACUGCACGAGCUGCACAUACAACAUCUGUACUACUAAAUGGAGAAGUAUUAGUUACUGGUGGAUUGAAUUAUACUUCUCCUUUAAACAGUGCUGAAUUGUAUGAUACAUCAACAGGAAUUUGGGCAACAACUGAUAGCAUGAAUGAUGCUCGAGCUGAGCACACAACAUCAAUAUUAACAAAUAGAAAUGUGUUAGUUACUGGUGGAUACGGGAUUGUUACUUUAAAGAAUUCAAAAUUAUAUUAA